CGCGGCUGCCCGGGCGGGCUGUACGGCGGGGUGGCCGGCGUGGCCUACAUGCUCUACCACGUCGCGCAGUGCCCGCUCUUCGCGCCGUCGCGGGAGGCCUACCUGCGGGCGGCCCGCCGCGUCGUGGACGCCUGCCUGCGCUGCCAGGAGGGCGGCGGGGAGGCCGACGCCGACACCCGCGCCGCCUUCUUGCUGGGGGGCGCCGGGGUGUACGCGGUGGCCGCUUUGGUCUACCGCGCCCUGGGGCUGCCCGAGUUCGCCCGGCCGCUGGGCAAGUUCCGGGAGCUGAGCGAGGUCUGCGCCCCCCUCUCCUUCCUGGAGUGCGGCUCCGACGAGCUCUUCGUCGGCCGCGCCGGGUACCUGUGCGCCGCCCUGGUGCUGAAGCAGCGGCUGGGCAUGGAGGUGCUGACCCCAGCACAAAUAAAAUCAAUUUGCCUGGCCAUACUAGAAUCAGGAAAGCAGUAUGCAACGAAGAAGAGGAAACCAUGCCCACUCAUGUAUUCCUACUAUGGAACAGAGUAUCUUGGUGCAGCACAUGGGCUUUCAUCGAUCCUUCAGAUGUUGCUUUCCUACUACGAAUACCUGCAGCCAGCAGAUCAGGAGCUUGUGUGGCAGAGCGUUGAUUUUCUUAUGGACCAAGAACAGAACAGCAACUGGCCUCCUGAACUGGGAGAGACAAUCGAGAGGGAGAAUGAACUUGUCCACUGGUGUCAUGGAGCUCCAGGCAUUGCAUACCUCUUCGCCAAAGCUUACCUGGUUUCCAAGAAGCCUCAGUAUCUGGACACUUGUAUCCGUUGCGGGGAGCUAACUUGGCAGAAAGGCCUGUUGAAGAAGGGACCUGGAAUAUGCCAUGGAGUGGCUGGUAGUGCUUAUGUGUUCCUGCUGCUGUAUAGGCUGACUGGAAACUCAAAAUACAUAUACAGGGCACAAAGGUGUGUAGAAGUCUUUUACAUUUACUUCCGUGCUGGUAGAGUCGAAGAGCCUUACGUCAGCAUCACGAAGAAGAGGCAGAUGCCCAAGGAUGGGUACUCAGAAGAAAUUGAGAAGGAAGUGGGUCAGGCGGAAGGCAAGCUGUGUACACACAGGUCUGCGUUCAGCAGGGCCUCUGUGAUCCAGGCGUUCCUCGGCUCAGCACCCCAGCUCACACUCCAGCUCUACAUCUGUGUCCUGCAGCAGGAGAUCACGGCUGCCAGAAGUAUUUUUAUGGUCCUUUCUCUCCUGUCAAUUGUAUAUGGUGCUUUACGCUGCAACAUCCUGGCUAUUAAGAUUAAGUAUGAUGAUUACGAUGUCAGUGUGAAACCAGCUGCCUACCUCUGCAUCUUCAUGUGGAGAAGCUUUGAGAUUGCUACGCGAGUUACAGUGUUGGUCCUUUUCAGUUCAGUCCUUCAAAUCUGGAUUCUGCCUGUUGUGCUCGUGAAUUUCUUUGGUUUUUUCUUCUACCCGUGGAUCCUCUUCUGGCAAAGCAAGUCCCCGUUUCCUGAGAACAUAGAGAAGGCAUUGAGCAGGGUUGGCACUACCAUCGUCUUGUGCCUUCUCACCUUCUUGUAUGCCGGCAUUAACAUGUUCUGCUGGUCGGCAGUGCAGGUGAAGCUCAAUGAUCCUGACUUAAUUAACAAAUCCCAAAACUGGUACCGACUGACGGUGUAUUACAUGCUGCGAUUCAUCGAGAAUGCGUUCCUCCUGCUGAUGUGGUACAUCUAUAAAACCGAUGUCUACCUGUAUGUCUGCGCCCCGUUGUUGGUCUUGCAGCUCCUGAUCAGUUACUGCAUGGCUGUCCUCUUCAUGUUGGUCUUCUACCAGUUCUGCCACCCAUGCAAAAAGCUUUUCUCAUCCAGCAUUUCUGAAGGUUUGCUGUCCUGUUUCAAGUUCCUCUGCUUUAUUUGCAAGCCUUCCACAUCCACCAUGCUAAUGGACAAGGCAGAGGUGAAAUGUCCUGAAAAUACUGAUGACACACGGAGCAGUAGCAAGACAAUAGAUUCUCAAAAGGGGAUUUCUCAUCAAAGUGUUUCUUCCAAUGCCUAAUAUAACUGGAAGCAAGUAGGUGCCUUCGGAAGGUGGCAGAUCACCUGCUGGGAACAUUGUGUAUGUUGGACAUCGUGUCUUGUGGAUGGGAUAUCUUUCUUGCAGGUGCAGCACUGCAUGAUGACUGACAAGCGUAUCUUUGUGGAAACUUUAGUGUCUGAGUAUGUGUAUCUGUGUGUGUUUGUAUACAGAGAGCAAUCAUGGUUUGGAGACUUCUGUUUCAGAGGUUUUUGCACAUAGGUUUAUUAUCACGAGCUUAUUUUGAAAUCAUUAUAGGAGACAUCCUUGAAAAACUGGCCUGAUGCCCAUCUUACUCAGGAAAUCUGAGGAUGGAAGGAAAUGCAUUUUAUUUAUUUCAGGUAGGAUGUCCUUACGGCAUGCCACCCUAGCAUGGAAACAGAGCAUAGACCUUGACUAUAUAGUGACUGUAGCUGUGGUCUGCUUUGAUCAAAUUGCAGACUUUUUUACACUCUAAUCAGUGUAAUUAGAUAAUACGUCUCUCUGUGGGAUAAGAAUUGGACUUCCACAAUGCACUGUAGUCUAGGUUGCCAAGAAACAGCCAAUUAGCCAGCACUAAUACUGAAAUGCGACUGUUACUGAGAACAGCCAGAGGGCUAUUGGUUUUGCACUGUUUUACCCUUCAUAUUUGCUGCUUGUUAGUAAGGGUAUUAAAUUUAACACCCUAAUUCUGAAAUAACUUAUUUUUCUGACUUAGUAAUUUAUCUAAUUCUUUGUGAUGUUCUGGUGUUAGGGUGAUGUUCACUUUAUAUAACUUUAAAUAUCUAGAAGUUGGGCAGAGAGUGUGAACUAGUUAUGUAGGUGCUCUCCAGAGCAUACCUCCAGGGAGUAAUUAAACCGAUCUUUAAAUGUUCUCUGAGGCAGGUGAUAUGAAUCAUUCUCGGGAGACCUAUUACUCAGCAUUAACCAGAUGCCUUGACAAUUAGUUUUGACUCUGUCUCUCUUUAAGAUGGCUGAAGUUCAGAGAUGAGCACUGCCUUGAUUGCCAGGGGGUUUGUAGUACGCCAAGCCGGCAACUCAGUGGCUUGUUACAUGGACAUAGAAGACACUGAGUCUUUCUUUUUGAGGCUGUGAUAUAUUAUGGUUAGUUUAAUAUUGAUAGUUCAAACCUCUCUGACUGCUUUACCUCAGAAGUACCACAGGCUUGAAAUCCGAAAGAGGAAAUGGAAGUCGUUGACUUUUUCUUCUAUGCACUAUAUCACCACAAAUAAAAGUGUUUCUGUAUUUUACAAGUUGCUCAGAAAGUUUUAGCAGAUGAACAACCAAGAAUUUAGUGGAAAUU